AUGGAAGAAGGUGCCACAAGGCCUGGUAGACGGGCAGAGAUGGAGAAUGCAGGAGGGAUGGAGCUGGGAGGUGAAGGGUUGCUGAAGGCAAUGGACUGCCAAACAGGCCCUCUGGUGUCUACCCGGCCCACCUGGCAGCCACCCAGAUCCUACUCCACUCCAGGACUAUGCCAAUCUGUGGCCAUGCUCCCACCAGGCAGUCACCUCCUGUCCCUCUUGCUGGUGAUAGGCACAGGGAGUACCGUGCCCAGCCCCUGGGUACCUCCCCAGGGAUGCUACGUGGCAGAGGAAGCCGGUGAGCGGACCUUCCGCUGCAGCCAGGCAGGCCUGAGUGCCGUGCCCUCAGGCAUCCCCAACGACACCCGCAAGCUCUACUUGGAUGCCAACCGGCUGGCAUCAGUGCCAGCUGGUGCCUUCCAGCACCUGCCUGUUCUGGAGGAGCUGGAUCUAUCCCAUAAUGUCCUUGUCCACCUCUCAGGGGCCGCUUUCCAGGGCCUGGCUGGGACGCUGCGCCACCUCGACCUCUCUGCCAACCAGCUGGCCUCAGUGCCUGUGGAGGCCUUCGUGGGGCUGCAGAUCCAAGUGAACCUGUCCGCCAACCCUUGGCGCUGCGACUGUGCCCUCCAGGAGGUGCUUAGGCAGGUGAGGCUGGCACCGGGCACUGGGACAGGCAUCGUGUGUGGCCCGGGAGCCCGCCCAGACCUCGUGGGGCAGGAGUUCCUGCCACUGGCAGGGGAGGAAGAACUGUGUGGCACGGGGCGGGGCGGGGCCCGGCGGAGCACUGACGUGGCCCUGCUGGUCACCAUGGGGGGCUGGUUGGUACUUGUGGUGGCUUAUCUGGUCCACUACGUGUGGCAGAACCGGGAUGAGACCCGAUGUCCCCUCAAGCGAGCCCCCGUGUUGCCCGUGCGCUCUGAGGACUCCUCCACCCUCAGCACAGUGGUCUGAUGACCAGGGCCACUCCUCUGGCCCCAUGCCCCACACUCCUACCCCUAUGUCCUCUCUUCUCCUCUGACCCCCUCAGCCUCCUCUGCAGCCCCAUCCCAUCCUCCAAAUUCUACCCCCUUCCUCCUCCAGCUAAACACCUGAUCUCUCUCUCUCUCUAUUUGGUGCCUGGAGUUUUUGGUGCCUGCGUUUGGUGCAUACUCUGGGUCUGGAUUAUGCUAGACUCAGACACCUAAAGCUCCUGAGUCCACAGUGGUGGAGGACAACAUAAAAGAGAAUGACAGUAGUGGUAUGUGUGCCAGUUCAGAGGGAGGAGCAGGCAGCUAUGGGAGCAUGGAGGAGGAAGCCUCUGCCUGGCAGACAUGGUCUCAAAGUCUUCACUGAAUGGAUGUUUGAGCUGACUCUUCAAGAAUGAGGAGGGCUCUGAGCAGAAGAGGGAGGACCCUACCUGAAAGGUGGUGGACAAAGACAAAGAAGAUGCAGAACAACUCUGGAUGUCUGGGCAGCAGCAAGACCUACCUGGGGCCUGGAAUAGAGGAUGCAAAAGGGGGCAAGGGUUGAAGGUGAGGUCAGAAAGUUGGGUGCAGCUGGAUUGAGAAGGAUCCCGUGGGCUUCUCCUCUCCUCUCUCCAUCUCAACUGAGAAGCUCCACCCUCACUUCUUGCCUCUCUCUUGGCCCCAGGCUCCCCUCCCUGUGCCCUCUAUUGGGGCCCCUCUUCCUUUUCCAGAGACUCCCUCAUCACUCUGCUUUCUCUUUUAUACACUGAAAAGCUACCUGAACCCUUUCCCUUGGGACGAAAGUGGUCUUGUCUAUGCUGGGGAUGAGUCAUUGGAGAGCUGGGGGUGGGGGGAACUAGGAAG